GCGCACUGAGAGGGCGGAGUCACCGCGGCCGGCUGUGGAGGGUUUUUCUGAGGCGCGUCUCCUUCUCCUUCCUCGCCAGGAGCAUCUCUGAGGGGAUGAGGCAGGCGGCGGCGGCGGCGGCAGUGGCGGAGGGCGAGCCCCAGCGACACUGAGGCGGCGGCGGCCGGGCCUCCUCCUCCUCCUCUCCCUCCUCCUCCUCGUCGUCCUCUUCCAGCUGCCGGUUCUCGCCCGCCCUCCGCCCGCUCGGCCUUCCCGGCCCGGCUCCCUCUCCCGCCGGCACCAUGAUGGAGGAGAUCGACCGCUUCCAAGUGCCCGCCGUGAGAGCCGAGAUGCAGCCGCUGGAUCCAACAGCAGCCUCUAUAUCUGACAGAGACUGUGACACGAGAGAGGGAGAAACUGUAGCUAUGAAUUACAAACCAUCCCCCCUACAAGUGAAACUAGAGAAACAGAGGGAGCUGGCUCGUAAGGGGUCCCUGAAAAAUGGAAACAUGGGGAGCCCAGUUAACCAACAGCCCAAGAAGAACAAUGUGAUGGCACGAACAAGGCUGGUUGUUCCCAAUAAAGGCUAUUCCUCAUUAGACCAGAGUCCUGAUGAAAAGCCAUUGGUAGCACUGGACACAGACAGUGAUGACGACUUUGACAUGUCCAGAUAUUCUUCCUCGGGAUAUUCUUCAGCUGAGCAGAUCAACCAGGACUUGAAUAUCCAGCUGCUAAAGGAUGGCUACCGGUUAGAUGAGAUCCCAGAUGACGAGGACCUCGACCUCAUCCCUCCGAAGUCGGUCAACCCCACUUGCAUGUGCUGUCAAGCCACCUCCUCCACUGCCUGCCACAUCCAGUAAUGAGGGAAGCCUGGCAAGGGUUGAUCAGUGCUUUCCACUAUAACUGUAAAACUUAACAGCCAUUGCUUCCUCCUAUGGUAGGACGUGCACCUCUUUGUGUUCAUGGAGCCAGGAGAAACCAAAAAAUAAUAUAUAUAUAUAUUAUUCAUUUUA